AUGUGUUCGCGUUUGCUAAUGUAUCUGUUAUUGUUUGCAAUUUAUGUCAAUCUAUAUAAGUUUGGUUUGAAAGUUCACACUUUAGUAUACCCGCCGACUACAGUUUAUCAAAUGAUUGGUUCAAUAUCUAUACCUAUCAGCGGUUUGCCAAUGAAUCAUAAAGUAUUUUUUGAUUGGGGUUUUCAGAUGAACUAUCAAAUGCCAUUUAAUUUGUCAGAGUUUUAUAUGGUACCCAUAUGGUCAACGGGCGCCAGUAACGUGCAAAAACGCCAUUUACACUAUCAAACUGAUUUCACCGUUAGGGAGUUAUAUGAGGGGUUGAAAGAUUUGCUGGAAAGUUAUGGCUUUCAUAGAUCCUGCCUUGGUCGCAGCAUAUGUGAAUUGGCUCGACGGCCAUUUGAUGAUAACUACAAGAAUAUUUUAACAGAUAUUUUAACAUUUUUAUUAACGCCAUCUUUGCAUGAAGAACAUUUCUCAGCUGCAAAUCCUGAAAAUUCCAUAUAUAAUGACGUGGAAUUUAUCAGCAGUGGUAUCGGUCACAGUUGCAGAUUUUUGUAUCAAAAUUGUACUAUGGAUUUACUUAGUCUAAUAAGUAGAUAUUAA